AUGCACAUCUCCCAAAAACUCGCCCAGGCGAAGGAGGAGGGCAAGCCGACCUUCUCCUUCGAAUUCUUUCCCCCCAAGACAGCGCAGGGAGUUCAAAACCUCUACGACCGCAUGGACCGCAUGCAUGGCUUCGGUCCGCAAUUCAUCGAUCUUACCUGGGGCGCUGGUGGCCGCCACUCCAAAUUGACCUGCGAGAUGGUCAAGGUCGCACAAUCCGUCUACGGCCUCGAGACCUGCAUGCAUCUUACAUGUACCGAUAUGGAAAAGUCCAAGCUCGACGACGCCCUCCGAGACGCAUACAAUGCUGGCUGCACCAACAUCCUCGCCUUGAGGGGAGACCCGCCACGUGAGCGAGAAAAGUGGGAGGCAACAGCAGGUGGCUUCCGCUAUGCAAAGGAUCUCGUCGUCUACAUCAAGGAGAAGUACGGAAACCAUUUCGACAUCGGUGUGGCGGGAUACUCCGAAGGCAGCGACGACAAUGACGAUGUCGACGAGCUCAUCGACCAUCUCAAGGAGAAGGUUGAUGCCGGAGGAACAUUCAUUGUUACACAAAUGUUCUAUGAUACUGACCUUUUCCUGGACUGGGUCAACAAGGUUCGUGCCAAGGGCAUCGACGUUCCCAUCAUUCCUGGUAUCAUGCCCAUCCACACCCAUGCCGCGUUCCUACGGAGGGCCCAAUGGACGAGAUGCAAUAUCCCAAAGCACUGGACUGAGGCCCUGGAGCCUGUCAAGAACGAUGACGUCGAAGUGCGUGAAGUCGGCAAACAUCUAGUCGCCGAAAUGUGUCGGAAGCUGAUCGACGCUGGUAUCACACACCUGCACUUCUACACUAUGAAUCUCGCGCAAGCCACCCGCAUGGUCCUUGAAGAGCUAGACCUCCUACCCGACCCCGAGUCACCACUAGAGAAGCCUCUUCCAUGGCGGCCUUCGCUGGCGCUCAACCGACGAGACGAGAACGUACGACCAAUCUUCUGGCGCAACCGCAAUCGAUCCUACAUUGCUCGCACACAAGACUGGGACGAGUUCCCCAACGGUCGCUGGGGAGAUUCGCGUUCACCCGCCUUUGGCGAGUUGGAUUCUUACGGCAUCGGUCUGAAGGGCACCAACGAGCAGAACAUCAAGUUAUGGGGCACACCAAUGUCGAUCAGAGAUUUAUCCGAACUCUUCGUACGCUAUAUGGAAGGAAAGCUCGAAUCUUUGCCGUGGAGCGAACAGCCCAUUACGACCGAAGCUGGGUCUAUUCAGGAUGAUCUGAUCAAUCUGAACCGCCGUGGAUUCCUGACCAUCAAUUCCCAACCUGCUGUUAAUGGAGCCAAGUCUUCAGACCCGGUAUUUGGUUGGGGCCCGCGUAAUGGUUAUGUCUACCAAAAGGCUUACCUGGAGGUCUUCGUCUCUCCGGAACACAUCUCUGAGAUCAUCACGCGUCUCGAACGCGAUCCUGAAUUCACCUACUAUGCUGUGAACAAGGAUGGCGACUUGAAGACGAACGCUCCCAACGAAGGACCGAACGCUGUUACAUGGGGUGUCUUCCCAGGCAAGGAGAUCGUACAACCAACCAUUGUUGAAACAGUGAGCUUCCUCGCCUGGAAGGACGAGUUUUACCGCCUUGGACAACAAUGGGCAAACUGCCAUGCAGGUGUCAUACACAACGACUUCCACGCAACCCGUGGCAUCUUCCCCAUCUUCGAUGGUUUAGAGGUCAAGGACAUGGAUAAACCGUUGGUCAAUCCCAGCGUUGAUGUUCCUAGCGCAAACGGAGAAGAAGCGACAAAGGUAGUCAACGGCGGUAGCCACACCAACGGCACGAACGGCGAGCAAGCUGAACCUCAUAAGGAAGAAAACCCAAGCCUAAUCGAUGCUGCUAAAGCAGCCGCUGUCGAGGUCACCAACGGCAUGAGAAGCCUGGCAAUGUCCAACUAG